UUGUGCAAAGUUAGGAGCAUUUCGUCGUUAACAUGUAAAUUCGCCAUUAUAUUAAGUUUGUUAUAUCAUUGUCGUUGUCAUUUAGAUAGACCGAAUGACCGAAUACUAACGGCAUAAACGUGUUACAUUACUACAUCUAACAAACCUUAAAAACAUAUGUUAAAAUUACCAAAAUGGUUCUACUAGAAAAUGAUACGUUUUUAGUGGAAUUAACACGACUUUUUGAUAAAUCUCGACUUUCUGGUUCUGUAGUACUUACUAUUAAAAGAUUUAAUGGACACAGCAAACCAGUACCAAGAGAAGGUAGGCCUGCGUUACCAACACCAACUGAAUUUCUUUGUUUAGUAAGAGCUACAUUAAGAUCCAAAAAGAUUUCUACUGUUAUACAUUCUAAGGAUGUAAAUAAGUUCCAACAAGCAUAUUGGAAUUUGUUAAAGUCAAAUAUCAAUGGCCUUAAGAAACUAAAAAAGGUUAAAUCUGCGAAACCUAAAGUUCAUUAAUAUUAUAACAAUUCAGUGUUUAACAUUUACUUAUUAUAUAUGUUAUUAAAAUUUUUUGUAUAACACAAAACAUAUUUUCCCUAAUGUAUAAUGCAAUACUGCCUAAGAAAUAAAUCACAAUGUAAUAAUUUACAACAUAAAAAUACAUGUCAAUACAAAUA